CAUUACAUAAAAGACAAAAGUCAAAAACAGCUGAGACAAAUUGUCACUUGUCAGUAUUUUCAUUGUAGAAUGCAAUUUUGGUGAACCACGUGUGUUUACGUUUAAUAACGCAUUUUGUAUUAUAAUAACAUAGUUAACUUAAGAUUGCUGAUCAGACAUUAAAAUGGCGAAAAAGGGUAAAAUGAAGAUAAGCAAAGUAAAGCGAAUAAAUCAUACUACAAACAAAAUGAAAAAACAAGGCAAAUUAAAGCUUCAACGACACAAAACUAAAGGACAGCAACAGAAGCAAAAUCACCAAAUGCAAUCGGCUCCAGAAUAUAGCAGUGAAAGUGAAUCGUCGGGCAAUGAGUGGGCUGAGAUGCUGGACGAAGAAGAACAGAAAUAUAUAUUGGAUAGACUGGUGAAACAACCACAAUUACUCUCUAACAUUCCUGAGGAGGAUGAUUUCAAUAAACCAGGCAAGAAAAGGAAACGAGGAAGAGAAAAAGAUAGAAAACCAGUUAAAAUUGGGGAACAAGCUAUUCAGAGUGAUGAAAGUGACUUGGAACAAAAAUAUGAACAAGAUCUUUCUGAGAGACCAGCUAAAAAGACUCGGCCCCUGUUGCCAAUUAAAACAAAAGAUGGGGUGUUGGAGAGAGCUGAAGAAUGUGAUGAAUCUGAGGAUGAAGAAAAUGAAAAUGAGCAGUUGAACUUGGCAAUUGACAAAAAUGAAGAAGCUGAUUCUGACUCUGGUGUGGAACACACAGCAGAAGAGAGUCCCCCAAGAGAAGAUGAAGAGGUGGUCACCACAGUGGAUCUCAUGGCUGCUCGGCGGAACCGCCUGAAUAAUGACAAAUUGAGGAUUGGUGCAUUGUGCUCUUCAUUACUUGAGUGUCCAGAAAAAAAGCUGAAGAAUCUUUAUCCUAUCCUAUACUUGAUGGAGGAAAAGCUGCGUGAUGGCAGCCUCAACCUGCUGUCAGUCAGGAAACUGGCCACUGUCUCUGCUGCUGAGGUGUUUGUGGAUAUUCUGCCCGAGUACAGGAUAAGGCAUCAAGACUACUCCAAUGUUAAACUGAAAAAAGAUACCCUCGCUCUUUACAAAUUCGAGAAGGAAUUGGUGGAGUUCUACAAGAGGUACCUGCUGCGGCUGGAGAAGGCGGCAGGGGUGUUGCGCAGCAAGAGAGGAGACGUGAGGAAGGUGGACGCUGCCAGCAAGAGCCUGGCGCUGGUGUCCCUGCGGUGCAUGUGCAAGAUGCUGGAGGCCAAGCCCAACUUCAACUACGCGCGGAACAUCGCGCAGAGCCUGGCGCCCUUCCUGGACGCUGACCCCGCCGCUGGCCAGCUGGUGUCCGCCUGCUUCAGCAACGUGUUCGCGGACGACUCCCGCGGAGACAUCACCCUCGAUAUCGUGCGGCUCAUAAACACGCUAGUUAAACGUCGUGGUGCGCGGCUGCGACCGGCAGCGCUUGACUGCCUGCUAUCGCUCAACAUAGCUAACAUCGAGCUGGAUGCACAGCCUGACCUCCGCCAUGACAAGAAAAAACAGGAGAAGCACAAGAAGAGGAUCAUCAAUCUGUCCAAGAAGGAAAAGAAGCGCGCCAAAAAGUUGAAAGAGGUGGAGCGAGAGCUACAAGAAACAGAGGCGCGUGAGAGCGAGACAGCGCGACGCAAGCAGUUGACGGAGGUGACGCGCAUUGCCUUCCACAUCCUGUUCCGGCUUCUGAAAUCGGCGCCGCGGUCGCCGCUGUUGGCCGCCGUGUUGAACGCGCUUGAUAAGUUCGCGCACGUGAUCAACCUGGAGUACUACAGCGACCUGGUGGCCAUCCUGGCGGCGCUGGUGCGAGACGAGCACGUGGCCGGCCGCCAGCGGCUCCUGUGCGUGCGCACGGCGCUGCGGGCGCUCGCACACAACGACGCGCUCGCACUCGACCCCGCACGCUUCCACACGCACCUCUACGUGAGCAUGCUGCCCGUGCACGCCGCGCCAGGUGGGUUAGGCGGCGACGGCGCGCAGUGCUCGCGGCUGGUGAUCGAGUGUGUGGGCCACGUGCUGGCUCGCGCGCGUCGCGUGUCCUCCGCCGUGGCCGUGGCGCUCGGCAAGCGGCUCGCGACACUGGCUCUGGUCGCGCCGCACCACACGGCGCUUGCGGCGCUCGCGCUACUGCAGCAGCUGCAGCAGCAAAACAAAGCGUUAUCAAGUUUGCUGGAGAGUGACGAGAGGGUCGGGUCGGGCAACUUUGACCCGCUGUGCGAGUCUCCCGAACACUGCCACGCGGGGAGCGCGGCGCUGGGUGAACUACCCGCCCUGGCACGUCACUACCACCCGGCCGUGCGGCGUGUGGCGCGCGCCAUGCUCACACGGCGACACGAGCGCUCCGACCGGUCCCCGCUGCAGCUGUUCGACGAGUACGACGGCUCGCAGAUGACAUUCAAGCCGGCGGUCGCUCCCCCCGCGCCCGCCGCUCCUCCCCGCCGCCUGCGCUCCUCCCGCGGGUGGGCUCAGCCAGACUUUCACACGUACUGCGACCAGUUGGAUGCGUCAGUAGAUAUGACCGUUUGCGAGUUGACUGUGAGAUAAUAAAUGUUACCCAUAAACAA